AUAAUGAUUGAUUUAUUUUCCCGUCACGCAAAAUACCUUAAAAGACAACUACUCUCGUACUUCUUUCACCAACAUACCCCCAUACUCCAUACUCUCUAUUAGUCAAACUUCUCUGCUAUUUCCAAUUCUUCAAUUCGCCACCGCAGCUUCGACGACGUCAAAACUUCUAAACCAUCGCCGCCGCGAGCUCUGAGAAAUAAUGUCUGUCAACCAUUUCACUACGGAAGGAUUCUGGUUGACUAAACAACACCAUUUAACGGUGCCGCCGUCUAACGACACUUCCUGUAACCUCGCCACAACGGCCUCCUCCUCCGCCGCGAUUUUUUCGGCGCAAAACACGGGUUAUAGUUUUAACCUGAACAACAAGAAUGAAGACGAGGAGGAAGAGUCCGAGGAACAACAAAGCCAGGAAGAACAGCAGGAAAUGACGAUAAUACCCAAAGAGCACUUGUUCGAGAAGCCAUUGACUCCCAGCGACGUGGGGAAGCUGAACCGCCUCGUCAUCCCCAAACAGCACGCCGAGAAAUACUUCCCGCUGACCGGCCAAGAACCCGGCGGCGGCGGCGCCGAGAAAGGCUUGCUACUGAGCUUCGAGGACGAGUGUGGGAAGACGUGGCGGUUCCGGUACUCGUACUGGAACAGCAGCCAAAGCUACGUGCUCACCAAAGGCUGGAGCCGCUUCGUGAAGGAGAAGCGGCUCGACGCCGGAGACGCCGUGCUGUUCGCGCGCCACCGCGCGGACGCCGAGCGGCUCUUCAUCGGGUGGAGGCGGAGAAGUAGUAGUUCGGUGCAAGACGGCAGUAAUAGUGGGGCCGGUCAGGCGAGCACGGUUGGUGGUGGCGGUGGGUGGGCCCAGACAUGGCAUCCUUAUCCACCACCGGCUACUCCUGCAGCUAUUCCAUACCAACCUAACUGUCUUCAUGCAGGAUCGUCAGCAGGUGUUGUGCAAAGACAAACUGGUUCGAGUGGGAAUUCAAAGAGAUCAGUGAGACUGUUUGGGGUGAACUUGGAGUGUGAACCGGAGCCAACCACAGUAGACCGGUCGGCUCAACCCGGCCAGCACCAACCGUUCCAGUAUUACGCCAACUCCCAUGCUUCCUACAAUCACAUGGAGAUGAAGUUCUCGAGAGAUGUCAACCAGAUGAGAUUUGAGCAGGGAUAAGAUCUGUGGAUGUGACAUCUUCUACUGACUACAAUUGGCCACUUGGAAUUUUAAUACUGCAAACAAAAAAAAAAUACAAAAUACAAAAUAUAUAAUAAAAAAGAUAUGAAAAGAAAAGUUCCCACUUCCCAGAUAUUCUGCAGAUCUUAUCUACCCAGAAAAGUUUGGUAAAAAACACAGUCGUAUUUGACGACCUGCUUUCACAAUCAACCAGAGUUUUCUGUAUAGUUGAGGUGGAAAGAAUAGAACCACAAGUAAAGGUGGUGAAGUGUUGAAAAGGGUAAGAUUGAUUUUUUUUUUUUGGGGGUGGGGACCAUAGGAUGUGAUGACGUCAGCAAGGCCUGAAUAAAAAGAAGCAUGGGCCAUAGGAGUAGUAGUAUACUAUAGAGAUUGUGGGUGAAGAUGUUUGAAUUGAUGAUGGGUUAUCCUUAUUAAUCAUCAUUAUAUCAUAAUCAUCAUCAUAAAUUCAUGAUUGAUGAUGAGCCCAUGACACAUAAAUACAUAAUUAUGGUGGUUCAAAGCAAAGGGGAAGGUAGGGUUCUUCCCUUUACUAUUACUAUUAAGCAUCUAUGUCACAAUGCAAAGGGCAAACAUUAACUCUCUUUUGACUGACUGUUUUUUUUUUUUUUUUUUUUUUUCCGCCUUUUUUGUUUUAAUUUAUGUAUAUGUUUAUGCUAGUCAAUGACAAAAGUUCCAAACUUUAUUUUGUGGUUUAAGGUUGUGUACAUAAGAUGUGUUUGGGUUACAAGGAUAAGUUUGAGAAAGAUGAGGCUUACCAUUGUGACA